GUAGCAUUGGAUUAACAAUGAGUUUCACAGCCACUAAGGACAGCCAGCCUUUUUGCAGAACUGUAAAAAAGGUGGCCACAGCAGUGACCAGUCCGCCACAGAUCCGGCAAAGCUGGGGCAAAGAGCACACAGGCAAGCAAGACCCCAAUUCUUCGACCUGGCUGUCUGACUUUAUCAAUGAGGAAGAGAAAGAAAAAGAAAAAAUCAGUGUCAAGCUUACUGUUACACCUCAUGUGAACACAGUCAAUAAUGGGAACACCAGAGAAUGUAAGAACACCACAGUAAUCAAGCCAAUAACACCAAAAAGCAGCAAGUGCAGUCCUGAUCUGGUAAGCUCUAUUAAUGAGAAGAACCACAACAAACAGAUGGCACCUGAAGAGCCAAGAAAAAUAGGAAAUGAAUCUCCAAGCAGUAAAUGCCACUGUGGUGGAAAGGCCAAAACACUGGGGCAGAGGGAAGAGAGGAAAAUUGGUUUGCGAAGCAGUAGUUCAGAAACAGAGGACAGCGGACUGGGGGAGGAUGCAGCUUUAAGUGACAACAGUGAUCAAAGCAAGGUGAAACAGAAGAAACUGAUUAUCAGACCCAAGGUUAAGGUGACCACAAUGGGAGAUCUAAAGAACAAAUGGCAGAAGUUUGCUGAGGAGCAUGUUGAGGGUCAGAAACUCAACCCUUUCAGCGAGGACUUCGAUUACGGUCAUGCUAUGACUAUGCGACUCCACAAAGGUGAGGCAGGAUAUGGACGACCCAAAGAGGGCUCUAGAACAGCACAGCGAGCUGAUCGGGCCCAGAAACAUAUACACCGUGAGAUGGAAGAGAUGUGCUUCAUUAUUCGAGAUAUGGGUGAGAUAGACAAAGAAGGUCGGAUUUUUGUCACCUUUCGUCAACUGUUUGAUCACUAUAUCAGGAUCUCAGACAAGGUCGUGGGAAUUUUGCUUCGUUGCCGCAAACACAAGAUGGUGGACUUUGAGGGUGAGAUGUUGUGGCAGGGACAGGAUGAUAAUGUCAAAAUCACGUUGCUAGUUUGAUGCUUCAAAAUACCAGGUGAAUCUUUAAAAUAUAUUAAACAUGUAGAGGCCAACUGUGUUAAACAACUGAAACGUUAAAUAACUGGAACAUCAAUUGAGAAUUGUUUUUAAAUGAAAUGUCCAACAAUCUCAUGGUCAGGUGUCCAAAUACAUUUGGCCAUAUGGUGUGGCUUAUAAGAAAACACAUGUUACACAGAGAGGACCUAAGUAAAUACACAAGCCAGAUGUUGCUCAUUCAGCCAGUUAAAUACUUUUAAUUAGUAAGUCAAUUAUUUAUGUUAUAUAUUUGUAUUAUUUAUUAUA